AUGUUCCCGAUAUCUUCUUAUUUCCCGACACUGAAAAUUAAUUUUGCAGACUUCUCUAGUCUGUCCGCCAAUGCAGACGCCAAGCCCUCCUGGCUGUCCACCUCAAAGCCCGCGGAGUCCGGAGCCCCGAGAUUCUGGUCGGAAGCCGGCGGCGGUACCCUCUUCGCAGCCCAGCAGAAGACGGCUGCCGGUGGUGGUGGCACUGACCAACCAGAGGGCGAGGAACCUGAGCCAGAUCCUCAGUUUGAGCCUAUCAUUCCUCUUCCCGACCUUGUGGAGGUACGCUACCCCCUCCUGUCUUUCAUCUGA